UAUCAAUAUAAUCAAUCAAAUACAAACCGGGGCAGACUUAAGAUUUGGCAACUUCAGUCAGCUGCUGUGGAGUUUUAUACGGAAAUACAGAAUAUAUAUACAUCUUAAUUGGAAACAUGAAGUACUCCAAGAUCGAGGAAUUAAGGAAUCAAAAGCAUGUCCACAUACGAGACUGGGAUUUUGUUAAGAGUACCAUAGAAAAUAUAGCAAAGGAUGGACCUGAAAAACUUCAGGUUGUGGCUGAUUUUGACAGAACACUUACAAAACAUAUGAACAAAGGAACUGUCUGUGCAACAUGCCAUAGAGUACUUGAAGAAGGUGAUCAUCUACCUGAAUUCUUUAGAAUAAAGGCUACAGAGCUACGUGACAUCUACUUCCCGUUAGAAAUGAACCCCAACGUUCCUGUGAGUGAGAAGAUUCCACUGAUGAUAGAGUGGUGGACUAAAGCCCAUGACCUAUUGGCUACUUGUGGUAUCACUAAACAGUCCAUCAGGAAAAUGGUAGAAACAUCAACAGUCAUGCUCAGAGAUGGCUGUGUAUGGCUGUUUGAUCACUUACAUGCUCUUGAUAUUCCCUUGCUGAUUUUCUCUGCCGGUAUUGGAGACGUUUUGGAGGAGGUGAUUCGUAUCCAAGCAACUCACCAUAGCAACAUGAAGGUGGUGUCAAAUUACAUGACUUUUGAUGAAUGUGACCGUAUGGUUGGAUUUCAAGGGGAGAUGAUUCAUGUGUACAACAAGAAUGAGAAUGCCAUCCACAAUUCCGAUUACUUUUCCAACUUAGAGAAGCGAUCUAACAUUCUGCUCCUUGGAGAUGGAAUUGGUGACUUACGAAUGGCUGAUGGGGCCACAAACAUGACAAACAAACUCACAAUAGGGUUUUUAAAUGUGAAGAUAGAGGAGAGUUUGGAGUUAUAUAUGAGUAAAUACGACAUUGUGAUAUGUGCUGAUGAAAGUAUGGAUGUGGUGAACUCAAUUAUGAAGAUAGUGACAGCCCAGUAGAUUGUCAGCCCUAUCAACAGAUUUUUUUGCCAUAUGUGUUUUAUAUGCAGUUGACUUUCUCCUCUACACAGCAAAGGGUGAAUUUUUACCACUUUGCAAACAUAAUUUUUUUACCCUUUAGAGAAAUAAAGCUUAAUAUGUUAUUUUUAUCUUGAGUAAUGCUGGUUAUAAUGUUUUGAAUAUGUUUUAAACCAAUGAAAACACUAAUAACAAAUUUAAAGCAAAUUGGAAAAUUUAGAUCUUAUAGAACAAUUUUCUAUGAUAAUAAAAGUAACUAUCAGUCUGGAAUAUAAUUGGUAUCAUCUAGAUCUAUUUAAAGUUCAUUAUUUCAUCUUACAAAUUGUUGCAUCAUUAGCAUGAAACAUUUUCACUUUAAAAAAAAAAAAAUUGUCUAUUUUCUAUUGAUUUUUUUUUUCAAUCGGUCAAAAUCAUAUAAUUUUUGAAACCUUGAAUAUUAGGUGGAAAAUGCAUUUUGUUUUGUGUAUUUUGAAUACCAGUAGGUAAAGAUUAUGAGUCGACUGAAAAUGAUCAUCAAUAUCUGCUAAAUCACUGUGAAAACAAAACAUUGUAAGGUUAUUUUUUAAUUGCAUUAAUUCACCUUGAUAGUCAUUCUCUCUGAAAACUUACAUUUACCUUUUGUGGAUCCUUGACUUUAACUCAGAUCUUUUACCUAAAUCUAAUAAUUUUUUUGAUAUGGAAUUUUUUUUCUUAUGUUCAGAAAAUUAAUGAAACUGAGGCAUGCAUAUUUUUUCUGGUAAAGUUGAUAUUUGAAUUCUUUUAAUGGCAUAAGAAGAAAAACUGUUUUUGUUUAAAGUCUCAUUUCUUUGUUAUAUAUCAGGCUGAAGUGUUGUUGUUGCCGUAUUUAACCCUUGGGUAAUAAAGCUUAUAGAUUUGUAUUGAUAAAUGUAUGCUGUAUGUUGCAUAUCUCGCCAUGUCUGCAAGGUUAUACUGCCAUAUAUGCAAUUUAUGUUUAGAUCUGACAGAAUGAAAGUGUGAAAAUGACUGUUUGAUAUCUUUUUUAUAUUUUGUUAAAAUAAACAUUACAAAUACCACUUUUCAUGAAAUCAUAAAAGAAAUAGUC